UUGUGUACUGUUCAACAAAUCAUCCUCCCAGUAAGCGAAAAUAAAAAAAAAUAAAUGCUGCUUUUCGUCCUUCCCAUAAUUAUUCUUCGGCAUUUGGCUUGGAGAAUUCUCAAGUUCUCCAAAAUUCUUAUUAGAAACCAGAUUCUUUUGUUUUGUUUUUGGCCAGUAUAUAUUCACAGGAAAUUUGUGUUAGCUUAAUUUUGAGCUAAGAGUAUAUAUUCGCAUCCAUGGCUACUGGAAGUUCGGUGAUCUCAAGCGCUGUAAUCUACCAGUUAGGACGUAACACCGCUUCAACGACAAAACCCAACUCGAUUGCUGUUUGCUUCUCGGUUUUGACUCGAGAAACCAAGUUGCAGGGAAAGGGUAGUCAUGUUUUGAGGAAAAAGAAUGGCUUUAAUUUGUGCAUGGUGAUGCAACAGAGAAGAAAAGAGACUGAAAACGAGGUUGACAGGAGUGAUACUGGGAAGAUUUCUGAAAGUAUGAAAGAUUACAAUCACGUCACACUUUCCAGGGUGGAGGAGAAAUUAGCUAGGAAGAAAUUAGAAAGAACAACUUACCUGCUUGCUGCUAUGUUGUCUAGUUUAGGCAUCUCCUCAAUGGCGGUUAUGGCUGUUUAUUACAGGUUUUCAUGGCAAAUGGAGGGAGAAGAAUUCCCACUGCUGGAGAUGUUUAGUACAUUUGCUCUCUCUGUUGGUGCUGCUGUAGGGACGGAAUAUUGGGCAAGGUGGGCUCAUAGAGCUCUAUGGCAUGCUUCAUUGUGGCACAUGCACGAGUCUCAUCAUAGACCAAGAGAUGGAGCCUUUGAGCUCAACGACGUAUUUGCAAUAAUCAAUGCAGCCCCUGCCAUCGCUCUCCUCUCCUACGGUUUCUGCAACAGAGGCCUUGUCUCGGGUCUCUGUUUUGGAGCUGGUUUAGGAAUCACGGUGUUUGGUAUGGCCUACAUGUUCGUUCAUGAUGGGCUUGUUCACCGUCGAUUUCCAGUGGGUCCCAUUGCAAAUGUUCCUUAUCUACGGAAAGUAGCUGCAGCCCACCAACUUCAUCACGCAGACAAAUUUCAUGGGGUGCCAUAUGGCUUGUUUUUAGGACCUCAGGAAUUAGAAGAAGUGGGAGGCUUGGAGGAAUUGGAAAAAGAGAUGAAGAAAAGGACUAAAUUGUCACAAAAAUAUUGAUAUUAUAUAAUUCAGGAAUUUCCUUUUUAUUAAUUGAAUUUAAAACAAAAUCUAUUUGUAUAAUUGUAUUUGUAUCUAGUGUUUAUGUAAGUUCUUUACAGAAAAAAACAACAUAUGCAAAUAGAAACAGUCUAUUUUA